GCUCAGGACGGAGGAUGAGACUGCGUCACAGCGCGAACGGUGAACACAGCGCCCGAAUGUCCCCGCCCAGUCUCCUCCCUCUCAUAACAUGUCCCCGCCUAGUCUCCUCCCUCUCACGCCUCUUCCCGCCCAGUCACUUUCCCACCCUCAUCUCAACGAUCCCGCCCAAUCUCCUCUCGCAUACUCGCGCGUCCCCGCCCAGUCUCCUGCUCCGGGCGCGUCCCCUGACUGUCCGGAGACGAGUCUAGCGCUCGUGCACUGGAAGCUGCAGUGUGGGAGAAUAGGAGGCGGGGCGGUGAGUGAGGACAAAGAAGUAGCAGGAUUCUUACUCAUAAUAUUAGAAGACGUCGUGAAAAGGGACAAUGUUCUCUAACAAGCCAACUAGAGACGUCAAUUUCUUCUUACACCUCUAGAGCAUUCACAAAAAAUUCUCAUGUUCUGGAUAGAAGAAACAUUCAACAACUAAUUUGAUUCUCAUCUCGUACAUGAUGAGCCUCAAAGGAGAGAGAACCCAUCUGUGCUCUGAGUGCGACAAAAGCUUUAAUCGUUAUUCAGAGCUUCUCACACAUCACAAGAGCCACACAGGAGAGAAACCAUUUACAUGCUCUGAGUGCAGCGAACAUUUUUUCAGUAAAUCACAUCUUGAGAGACAUUGGAGGAGUCACACAGGAGAGAAACCAUUUAAAUGCUCUGAGUGCAGCAAAUCUUUCACCCGUAAUUCAAAUCUUGAAAGACAUUGGAAGAGUCACACAGGAGAAAAACCAUUUAAAUGCUCUGAAUGCAGCAAGUGUCUUACCUCCAAGCGACAACUUGUUUUCCAUCAGAGACUUCACACAGGAGAAAAACCAUUUCAGUGCUCUGAAUGUAGCAAGUGUUUUAUCGCCAAGCGACAACUUGUUAAACAUCAGACAAUUCACACAGGCUCUGACUCUAGCAAGUGUUUUCCCCAAAAGUUAUCUCUUGUCAUUCAUCAGAGGAACCACACCGGAGAGAAACCUUAUAAAUGUUCGGAAUGCAGCAAGUGUCUUUCCUCCAAGCAACAACUUGUUAUACACAAGAGGCUUCACACAGGAGAAAAGCCAUUUAAAUGCCCUGAAUGUAUCAAGUAUUAUAUAGAUCAGUCAAGUCUUCUUAGACAUCAAAAGAUUCACACAGGAGCGAAACCAUUUAAAUGUUCUGAGUGCAGCAAAUGUUAUGUCUAUAAGGGAGAUCUUGUUAUACAUCAGAGGAUUCACACAGGAGUGAAUCCAUAUAAAUGUUUAGAAUGCAACAAGUGUUUUUACCAUAAAUCACAACUUGUCGGUCAUCAUAUGGUUCACACAGGAGAGAAACCAUUUAAAUGUUCUGAAUGCAGCAAAUGUUUUUACAAAAAUUCGCAACUUGUUAUACAUCUGAGGAUUCACACAGGAGAGAAACCAUUUACCUGCUCCGAAUGCAGCAAUUGUUUUAAAGAUUUGUCAAGUCUUCGUAAACAUCAGAGGAGUCACACAGGAGAGAAACCAUAUAUCUGCACUGAAUGCAGCAAGAGUUUUACACAUUGUUCAGGUCUUUGCAAACAUCAGAGGAGUCACACAGGAGAGAAACCAUUUACAUGUUCUGAAUGUAGCAAAUGUUUUUCCCGUAAGUCAUCUCUUGUUAGACAUCAGAGGAGCCACACAGGAGAGAAGCCAUAUAAAUGUCCGGAAUGUGGCAAGUGUUUUACCGCCAACCGACAACUUGUUAUACAUGAGAGGAGUCACACAGGAGAGAAACCAUUUAAAUGCUCUGAAUGUAGCAAGUGUUUUAUCUCCAAGCGACGACUUGUUUUACAUGAGAGGAUUCACACAGGAGAGAAACCGUAUAAAUGUUCAGAAUGCAGCAAGUGUUUUACUUCCAAGCCACAACUUGUUAUACAUCAUAGGAUUCACACAGGAGAGAAACCAUAUAAAUGCUCUGAAUGUAGCAAGUGUUUUAUCUCCAAGCGACGACUUGUUUUACAUCAGAGGAUUCACACAGGAGGGAAACCAUAUAAAUGUUCAGAAUGCAGCAAGUGUUUUACUUCCAAGUCACAACUUGUUAUACAUCAGAGGAUUCACACAGGAGAGAAACCAUUUAAAUGCUCUGAAUGUAGCAAGUGUUUUACCUCCAAGCAACAACUUGUUUUACAUCAGAGGAUUCACACAGGAGAGAAACCGUAUAAAUGUUCAGAAUGCAGCAAGUGUUUUACUUCCAAGUCACAACUUGUUAUACAUCAGAGGAUUCACACAGGAGAGAAACCAUUUAAAUGUUCUGAAUGCAUCAAAUGUUUUACCUACAAGCCACAACUUGUUAUACAUCGGAGGAUUCACACAGGAGAAAAAACAUUUAUAUGCUUUGAAUGCAGAAAAUGUUUUACAGAUGGCUCAAGUCUUCGUAAACAUCAGAAGAUUCACACCGGAGAUAAACAAUUUACAUGUUCUGAAUGUAGCAAAUGUUUUCCCCGUAAGUCAUCUCUUGUUAUACAUCAGAGGAGCCACGCAGGAGUGAAAUCAUAUAAAUGUUUUGAAUGCAGCAAAUGUUUUACCUCCAAGCGACAGCAUGUUACACAUAUGAGGAUUCACACAGGAGAAAAAAAUAUAUAAAUGCUCCAAAAGUAGCAAUUGUUAUACAGAAACAUAAAAAGAUUCACACAGAAGAAACCAUUUACGUGUUCUGAAUGCAUAGUGCUUUACUAGUAAGAAAAAAAUCAUAAAUUACCUUUUAUCACUACAAUAUCCAUACAAGGGAGCCAAUAUAAAUUUUCUGAAAUGUGGCAUGUUUUCUAUAAAUCGGUAUCGAUAAAGACAGGAGAGGAUGAAUUUUGUUUCCUUUAUACAGCUAUUGUUAAUGUCAUGUUAUAAUAUGCCUAGUUAUUUGAUGUAUUGGGUUGUUUUGUUUUAUUUUGGGCAGUGCUACAGUUACAAGGAUAUUGAUUGUGUUAUAUUUAUUCUGUAAUGGCACCACUCAAAGACUCAGCAGAUAAAGCACCUUGAGCCCUAUUGAAGAAAGAGCGCUAUAUAAAUAAAAUUAUUGUUAUUAUUAUUAUUGUAAA